AUGGGGCUGCCGCCGCGCCAGUCGCUCUCGGUGCCCGAGCCACCGAGGGAAAAGCUCCCUCCGGCCGUGCACCCCAACCUUCUGCUCGUCGUCCGCUUCCUCAUCACCGGACUCGUCUGCUUGCUCAGCCUGGCCACCGCCAUCAUGGCCAUCCUCGUCGUCGACUACUACAACUCGCACGACCCAAUCAUCCGCCCGUCCUGGGGCUCCCUCAUCUUUAUCAUCAUCCUCGGCCUCCUCACCCCCAUCAUCUACUUUGGCUACAACAUCUUCCUCCCCCUCAUGCCCUUCAUCCGCUACGGCGACUUCCUCUACGGCCUCUUCAUGGUCAAGAUCGAGCUGCUCCUACAGUUCUCGAUGUGCGUCCUCUGGGUCUCGGGCGCCCUCGCCUACGCCUCCGACCUGCGCGGCCGCGAAAACUGCCAGUUCGACGGCUAUUUGCACUACCCCAAGCCCGACGACUUUUCCCACGCCUGCGACCUGAUCAACUACGUCGUCCCGCUCGCCUACGCCACAUUCGGCGUCCAGGUCCUGCUCUGGGCCAUCGAGACCGUCGUCGGCCUCUACAUCUUCCUCUUCCUCGACCAGGAGUCGCUCAACGAGCCCCAUUUCGAGUGGGGUCGCCGCGCCUACAACUACCAGAAGACCAGCCAGCCCCGCAGCUCCAUGAUUGGCCGUCCGAUGCGCGCCUCGGCCGCCGGCGCCCCCGCCGCCCAGUCCUACCGCAACGUCGGUCGCCGCGGACCCGAGUCGGUGUCGGACCGCUCUUCAGUCACUGGAUCCGGAGGAAGCCCUGGCCGACGAGGAGCCCAGUACGCCGAGCCGGACAUGGAAUCGCGCGCCAGCCAGCCCGUCUCCCUCGGCUCGCGCGGCCGUCGCGGCGCCGCAUAUGGAGGCAUCGAGAGCGGCUGGCACCUCAAGGAGGACGAGUCGCAGCGGUGA